CCACGCCAUAAUAACGGUGACGCAUCCUUUCCAUUAUUGUUCCAGUCUGAACUGAUCUCCAACUCGCUCAUUCUAUCUAUUAACUUUACCCCCAAAUCCAGCGUCUGCUCCUUUUCCUCUACACAUUUCUUUUUCUUCCUUGUACUUCCGCUUUCUUCUUUCCUGAUUCUAUUCUUCUACUGUUUUACUGUAUUCACUUUUUCUUUUAUUCUGUGUGCUUGGGCUCGUCCUUUCAACCAAGAGACAUUUUAUCACGACACAAGCUAGUCGUGUACCUUUCUAUAUCUUCCGCUUCGUCCCGUUCGCCAUUGACAUGCUCAUUGCCGCGGAAUGAACAGCAUUCAGGCUCUCAUUUACGAAGCAGCAGAGUGUCUCGGCUGUGGUAACUUGCAAUCAUCCUAUGAACUUUACCUUCAAGCAUUAAGUUCUGCUGUGAAUGAACUGUACAAAAUUAAAUUCGUGGAUCAAUAUGUUGCUGUGCGACCUGACCACCUUGUAUCAAUUUUUGUUUUGGCACGCACUUGUCUGCAAUAUGCCGAAGAUAUCACCAACAAACGACCCACCACGUCGUUUAUGGACAGCAAAGUGCUGGUCGAUGACUUUGUAGAACUGAGAACUCCACCACCAUUACCGCCGAAACCCAAAUCAAUGACUUUGAAGAAAACCGCACCUCCGUUACCCGCUCGUCCUAAAUAUAAACUAUCUAUGCAUCGCCCUCAAGCAGCUCAUGCACUCACGCCAGCAGCUGUUACCAUCACCAGUUCAGCACCGCUUAAAUCUCCGCAACCGUGCAGUGUGACAUCGGAACACGAAGACGAGGAAGACGAGGAAGACGAGGAUGUGGAAGAUGAUUUGGAUAUCGCUUAUUUGGACGAUGAAGACGAGGAUGAUGACAUGGCUGCUGCUGCAGGUCGCCAGCGGUCGAUCAAGCCCCGAGUCAUUGCUAGGCGCUCAUCCACUUCUAACCUGACAGAAAACCCAGUUUCUACUUCGUCGUCUUCCAAUAUCAAUGCAUUUCUUGCCGUGAAAUCGUUUCUGUCUUUACCUGCUUCCAUCCCAACGCACGUCGAUGCGCUCAGAAAAUUAAAUCAAUACCCCUCCACGGCAUCCUUGUCAUCGGAUGAAAGGUUUUGCGAACAGGAUGACAUUUUUCUACCCUCCAAUUUGGUGAUCGAUCCGACGCAGUUGGUAGCGGUGCAAACUAGCAGUGGAGAUCGAUUCGUGCUCCCCACCACUGCACCUGUGAGUGAGUAUGUACCCGCCAUCCCUCAGGCACCCCUGCUAUCGGUCUACAGAUCCAUGCAGCUCAAGCUGGAAGAUCUGGAGAAAUAUCUGAGCGCUCUAAAGCAAGAGAAAAAAGAUGGGACUCAUCUCACACAGGAAGCAGAAGACGAUUUGGACUCCUCCACCCGCCAUUAUGUUGCUUCCAUCGCAGAGGUCAAAGGUACCCUGAGCCGUGUUCGCAAUAUUCACAUGUCAGCCACCACCGUGCCAACCAUCUUGCAGUUCCCUCCCAUGCUGAUUGCUUAUCAGCUUACACUCAUUGAUUCUACCAUCUUCCGUAACAUUCCUCCUGAAGCACUUCAACAGCAUACACUCAAAACACCGCAUCCUGCCAUCGUCGCGUCCACCGACUUCUUCAACUAUCUUACCCGAUUGAUAGAGCAUUCCAUCUUGCUGCAACAGGAAGCGUCUGGAAGAGCGCAACACAUCAAUCAUUGGAUCAAAGUGGCGAAUAAAUGUCAUGAUUUACGCAACUUCCAGACAUUGAAGGCUAUUACUUCGGCUCUGCGCACUCCUCCUAUUCAGCGUCUCAAGCGGACGUGGGCCUUUUUGCCAAAGAAAAGUCUGCUUCGUCUGGAAGAGAUUACCGAGCUUAUGUCGGAGGCCAACAAUUACGGGAAAUACAGAGAACGAUUAGAUGCAUUGGUGACGGUAGAAACUAUAGGUGCACAGCAAAAGACUUCGCCUCAGGAACCGGCUGUUCCCUUCCUGGGACUUUUUAUUCACGACAUGACCUAUCUAACUGCCCUUCAGAAAUCAUCAUCGGAAGGAGGAACGAGCACCAGCAGUAAUCAGACUGGACGGUUAGCCGACCUAUUGAAAGCGUUCCGUGGCUUUCAGCAAUCUCCACCUUACCCACCUGGAAUGGCAGCUCAUUACACCAAAGACUUUCACAAGAAUCGAAGACGCAAAUUGUCCUAUGCUUUACGAGGAGGGGCAUCCACGAAGAAGCACCCUGUUUUUAGCACUGAAGAAGAUACAGGUGAUACAAGUGUUGAAAUGCAGCAAUGUCUUAUGACGCAGUAUCUGCUGACGCGACCAUGGGUAUGCGAGAAAACCGUGGAUGAUAUGAGUUUGCUACGUGAACCACCCAAAACCAUGCGCAGCCAAUCAACCGGUGAUGCUCUGUCUGGCCUUCCCAUAGUAACCGCCUCCACGGGAGCGGUGCCUGCGGUACCCUGCAGCACAGCAACCAAUUCCCCCAGCAACGGCGAACUGCGUAGUAGCUCUGGUAGCCUUACAUGCGGUGUUGCUUCGAGUACAGAGAGUACCGGUUCCAGUCGACCCGUGAGUUUGGAAGACGAUACCGACAUUCCAAUGGUAUGCCCCAGUGCACCCGAUUGUAAACAGGCCCAUCGUCCUGCUUUUUGGUUAUUUGCACGCAAAUGGGCCGAACAUCAUCCUUCAAAGACAGAAAUGGGCUCUUAUGGUCCUGGUUCCUCUGCUUCCGACAAUGAAUCGGUCGGAUCCAUCCAGCGUUCGCCUCGUUAUUAUUCCCUGGAGGAUGUAGAUCAUUCUCAUGAUAAAUCCCACUUGUUACAACGCGAAGGAAGUUUCAGUUCUCAAACGUCGCUAGCGACAUCCAUCUUCCGCAAAGAUUUUUGGCGUCACAGUGCGGCUUCCCAGACAGGAUCACCGCGUUCAUCGAUGGAUGAUGAUAAUUCUCGGUCUGCCCCAACGAGCGUACCCACCUUGUCUAAAAAAUCGACUGCCCUUCAAUCGCACACUUUGAACCAAUCUCGUCAUCAGUAUAAAUCCUCACCGUCCCUUUUCGUAGACAACACUUCUCCGGUGUCGGCCAUGAACCAUGAAGCUCCCAAGCUUCGUCGCCGGAGCUCUUCUUCGUCAUUAAAGCGGCAAUCAAAGGCACAGGUGGAUGCAGCUAGUCAAUUCGCGCGACAUACUAUUUCCCGAUCAAAAAUCAAGCAUAUGCUCUCAGCAUCCUAUCUAUCCAUUACCCCUCAUCCAUUGGAUCCUCCCGCCCUUGGUCAUGAUCCUUCGCCAACUUCUGCGGCCGUCCGCUGUCAUCGAGAUAGCGAUAAAGAGGAAUGUUCUGCAAACCUCCAAUCGCUAUUCAUAAAACCUCCUACCCAACAGUUCGAGCGACGCAAGAGCACCGUCUUCACAAGGAAUUCAUGAUAACCCUUUAGAUGAACUACGGAGACUCACUUUACAGCAUAUCUCAUUCACACUUCCCCGGAUGGGCUUUUUUUUUUCCAUCCCCAUACUGCAUUUUGAUUUCUCUUUUACAUUGAUCAAGCAUCUUGUACAGUCCCC